AUGUUGCAGAUCUCCGCUAACCACUCGAGGCAUGCAUUGAAAAUUGAUAAAUCUUGCCGCUACCUAUUUCCAUUUGCAUUCUUUGUGUGGAACGUCUUCUACUGGUGGUACUAUCUGGUAUACACCAAGACUCCGGUGGAUAAAACUAAAUAA